AAUUAAUAUUUUCUUGGAUUUUUUAGUUUGAAUUUUAGGGAUUUUGGCGGCAAUUUUGACGCUUGACAUUUCUUCAGCAUGAGAACGCGCUCAAAUGUUAGUUUCAACAUAAAAACGUUUGUGGGCAUUACCUGUUUGUUCCUUUACUGCGAAUACAUUAUUUACUACGUUGUAAUAAGUUCUUGCAAGUGGCCAGAGCUGAACCCUGAUAAUGAGGACCCAACAAUCAAGAAAACGAAUUAUGACCCUGUCAAAGUCAUGGUACUUGCAGAUACACAUUUAUUGGGCUCACGAAAUGGUCAUUGGUUUGACAAAUUGCGUCGCGAAUGGCAAAUGCAUAGGGCGUUUCAGACCGCGAUGAGUUUGUUUAAGCCUGAUUUGGUGUUUGUCUUGGGGGACUUGACUGAUGAGGGCCUUUACUGCAGCGACGCGGAGUUUGAGUAUUACGUUAAAAGGUUCUAUAGCUUGUUUGCUGUGCCAGAAACAACCAAGUUGUAUGUGGUUGUGGGGAAUCACGAUAUAGGGUUUCACUACAGGGUUAGUCCGUAUUUAAAUCAGAGAUUUGUGGCUGCAUUCAAUGCUCCUGCAAUUCAGUUAAUAAGUGUGAAAGGUAACCAUUUUGUGCUAGUCAACAGUAUGGCUUUAGAGGGCGAUGGGUGCUUUUUAUGCAAACCAGCGGAACAACAAUUGACAAGGAUUGAAAAAAAAUUAAAGUGUACUAAAGGUGACUAUAGUGGCAAAUGUGACUCAAAACUUGACAUUUACAGUAAACCAAUUCUUAUGCAGCAUUACCCACUUUAUAGAAAAUCAGACAUGGAAUGUGACGAUUUUGACGCAGCCCCUGAUCCGAUAAAACGUGAACGUUUCCGUGAAAGAUGGGAAUGCCUGAGUAAAGAAGCUACAACACAGCUUUUAAACCAAAUUAAACCCAGGUUGGCCUUAUCAGGCCAUACUCAUCAUGGGUGCACAAGACCACUACCAAACGGUGAUGGGAUUGAAAUCACUUUAUCAAGUUUUAGUUGGAGAAACAAAGAAAAUCCUAACUUUGGACUUGGUGUUUUUACUCCAAAUAAUUACGCUUUUACAAAAUGUGAGAUGCCAAAAGAAUUUACUGUUAUUGCUUUAUAUAUUAUUGGAGUGAUUUUGUUGUUGCUUUGGCUGAUCUGUACGAAGUAUAAAUACAAGUUGCGCUGACGUUUCUGCCCCUUUUGGGGCUAAUUGAGGAUCCAUUUUGUGUCGUGUAGUCAUUAAAAGUAUUUUUUUAUCUGGUUA